GCUCUCUCUCUCGAGCAGCAGCAGCAGCACCACCAGCACCAUCACCACCAGUAGCAGCACCACCAUCACCACCACCAGCAGCACCACCAUCACCAGUAGCAGCAGCACCAGCAGCAGCUGCAGCACCACCACCAGCACCACCACCAGUAGCGGCACCACCAGCAGCAGCACCACUAGUAGCAGCAGCAGCAGCACCACCACCACUAGCAGCACCACCACCACUACCAGCACCACCAGCCCCACCACCAUCACCACCACCACCAGCACCACCACCACUACCACCACCACCACCAUCACCACCACGAGCAGCACCACCACCACCAGCACCACCAGCACCACCAUCACCACCACCACUACCACCACCACCACUACCACCAGCACCACCACCACUACCAUCACCACCAGCACCACUACCAGCACCAGCACGAUGCUGUUCCGCGUCCUAUCGACGGUGGCUCGCAAGCGGCUUCAGGGCGAGUCGGCCCCCCUGGGGGUCCUCCCGGGCCCCUGGCCCGUGACACCUGCACCAGCGCCGACGACGAUGAGUGCCGGCGAGGCAGCCAGGGCCAUGGCCAGCAGCUGCAGGCAAGGAGGAGGUGGUGGGGACGAUGAUGUUCACGGCAGAGUGGCGCAGAGGGUGCCCGGAUACCAUCCCAGCGUCGUGGACAGGAAGCUGCUGCUGUGGGCCGGCCGCUUCAAGCGAGAGGACGACAUCCCGGAGGUGGUCACGUACGAGAUGGUGAACGUGGCUAAGAACAAGGUCCGCGUGAAGGUCUGCUACUUCAUGAUGCUGCUCACGAUCAUCGGAUGCUUCGUCAUGAUCGCCUCCGGCAAGCAGGCAGCGCAGCGCAACGAGUCCCUGACCGUGAUGAACCUGGCCAAGAAGGCUGAGCGGCACGCGGAGGCUCUGCGCGAGAAGGACGCCAUCACUGCCAAGAGCGGCUGAGCCACCCCCGGGGGGCCGGGCGACCCCGGGUCCUGUCGUCCAGCGGUGCUCUUUCCGUUGUUUGUGCGCGGAAUUAGCGGCGGGAAACGUCUCGUCGGGCGGUGCUUUUCUGUUUUUAGUCGACGGCGGCCACGAGCGGCGGGCAGCACUGUGACACAACGGAACUGCGACGCGACUGAAUUCACCGUAAUGCAACACAACUCACGACUGAGGUCCCAAUGAAGACGCAGGUCGGGAUGACGUAGCAGCGUUCGCAGAGACAGCAGGGCACCGCAGAGACAGCAGGGCACCGCGAAAGACCAAAAAACACGGCGAAUAUAUAAAUGACAUGGUGGUGGUGGUGAUGAUUCUGUUAAUGCUGCGCAAUUAACAAUGCAAUCUCAGCGAGAGAAUGACGAAUGCUGUGGUCGCGGUGUGGCUCGCUAACGGCAAGGUCGUAGCCAAACGUCAUUGGCUGUGGACAUUGCUGUUUGUAUAUUUGCCCGGCGGUCUCACUGCGGGACACGUCCACCCUCUUUCCCUUCCUCUGCACACCGUGGCCCAAUUCUCCACUGGCACAUUCGAUCCGAGCCACCACGGGGGCCCUCACAGCCCGGCUGUUUUUUUUCCACUGGGCUAAUUGCCAAGCCAAGUCAGAACCAAAACCGUGAAACUGCCAGGGGACAUCUGCAUCUGGCUCGGGGCCAAGCAGGGCCAGGAGAGCCACCAAUCAUUCCAUGCGUUGCACAAGUUUGUCUGCAAUCCUCUCACUGCGAGUGACGUCAGCGGCACGGCUCUGGUUCUGCGGUGGAAAAUUCGCAGUGGCGCGUCGCGAGUCGUGCUUGGCUGGCUCGGCACAGCCCAAGCGUGGCUCGGGUUGUACGGCAGAAAGAAAAAAAAAAGAGGCAUCAGCUUAAAUGUGUUUUUGUUUGUUUCCCCGGCCUUUGUGUAACCAAUUCAAGAAGCUUGUCACCUCUCACCCACUGUCCUCACUCAAGCCGCUGCCUGCUGCUGCUGCUGCCAAUUUGCGUUACUGGUUUUAGUGCCUCUGGCUGAGCGGCAUGAAUAAAUAAUGCGAGGGUCCAAUGAGAAGCAAUAUCUUGUUUACAAGGGUGGACGCAAGGAUGUGAAAAGUGCAUUGCGGUCCUUGAAGUGCCUGUUCGUCGCGGGGUAUCUGACCUGCUUGCCUGUCCCGGGGCAGUCAACACACAAAGAUGCGCGUGAAUAAAAAACAAAUGGAA